GAAGUGCCUUUGGGGCAAGAUGCGCGCUGGCCGGUGUAGUACCUCCACAGGUUUGGAAGUUGGUGGCUGGAGGGGCCUGGUCCAACAGUGUUUUUCGUACUGUUUUCUCCACUCCUUUUCUUUGUGUUUGCCCACCCUUUGCAGCCCCCUGACCCCACCCCGCGCAGCCUCUGGAACUCGCGGUCUGUGAAAAGGAGGCCUCUUAAGACAUGACUGUCUCCCUCUAAGUAUUCUUGAGGCCCUCAGAAGGUUCUUAUCUUAAGAAGGAAAAGAAGGUAGUAAAAACAAGUUUCCCGAGUUUUUCUGGCCCUAAAUGGCUACGGAAUCAAGAAAGCUUUCUUCAGCCCCAUCUCCACCUGACCAGACUCCUGAAGAGGACCUUGUAAUCGUCAAGGUAGAGGAAGAUCAUGAUUGGGACCCAGAAUCUAGCCUGCAUGAAAAUAACCCUCCUGGCCAAGAACUAUUCCGCCUACGCUUCAGACAAUUGUGCUACCAGGAGACUCUAGGACCCCGAGAGGCUCUGAUCCAGCUCCGGGCACUUUGCCAUCAGUGGCUAAGGCCAGAUUUGAAUACCAAGGAGCAGAUUCUGGAGCUGCUGGUGCUGGAGCAGUUCCUGACUAUCCUGCCUGAGGAGCUGCAGACUCUAGUUAAGGAACAUCAGUUAGAAAAUGGAGAAGAAGUGGUGACCUUAUUGGAGGAUUUGGAAAAACAGAUUGAUAUACUAGGACGGCCAGUCCCAGCUCGUGCACAUGGACAUAGGGUACUCUGGGAGGAAGUGGUUCCUUCAGAAUCUGCACCAGAACCUCCAAGUACUCAGCUCCAACCUGUGAUAACCCAGCGUAAAUCACAGGACAGAGCCCUGUCUGCUUCCCAGAAUCCUACCUCUUCCCAAAAAGGAAGUUCCAGAGACAAGGAGGUAACAGCUACACUUCUCACAGCAGGGUUCCAGACUUUGGAGAAGAUUGAAGAUAUGGCUGUGUCCCUUAUUCGAGAGGAGUGGCUUCUUGAUCCAUCACAGAAGGAUCUGAGUAGAGAUAAUAGGCCCGAGAAUUACAGAAAUAUGUUCUCCCUGGGUGUUGAGACCAGGAAUGAGAACAAGGAAUUAGCUUCAAAACAGGUAAUAUCUACUGGAGUUCAACCACAUGGAGAGACAGCUGCCAAAUACAACGGGGAUGUUAUCAGGGGUCUUGAGCAUGGAGAAACCCAAGACCUAGGCAAAUUAGAGAGGCAGCAGGGAAAUCCCACGCAAGAGAGACGACAUAAGUGUGAUGAAUGUGGGAAGAGCUUUGCUCAGAGCUCAGGCCUUGUUCGCCACUGGAGAAUCCACACUGGGGAGAAACCCUAUCAGUGUAACGUGUGUGGUAAAGCCUUCAGUUAUAGGUCCGCCCUUCUUUCCCAUCAGGAUAUCCACAACAAAGUAAAACGUUAUCACUGUAAGGAGUGUGGUAAAGCCUUCAGUCAAAACACAGGACUGAUCCUGCACCAGAGAAUCCACACUGGGGAGAAGCCAUAUCAGUGUAAUCAGUGUGGGAAGGCUUUCAGUCAGAGUGCAGGCCUUAUUCUACAUCAAAGAAUCCACAGUGGGGAGAGACCCUAUGAAUGUAAUGAAUGUGGGAAAGCUUUCAGUCAUAGCUCACACCUCAUUGGACAUCAGAGAAUCCACACUGGGGAGAAGCCCUAUGAGUGUGAUGAGUGUGGGAAAACCUUCAGGCGGAGCUCACAUCUUAUUGGCCAUCAGAGAAGCCACACUGGGGAGAAGCCCUACAAAUGCAGUGAGUGUGGGAGGGCCUUCAGUCAAAAGUCAGGCCUUAUUGAACAUCAGAGAAUCCACACUGGAGAAAGACCCUAUAAAUGUAAAGAAUGUGGGAAAGCUUUUAAUGGGAACACUGGCCUCAUUCAACAUCUGAGAAUCCAUACAGGGGAGAAGCCCUACCAAUGCAGUGAGUGUGGGAAAGCCUUUAUUCAGAGGUCAAGUCUCAUACGACAUCAGAGAAUCCAUAGUGGAGAAAAAUCUGAAUCCUUAGGAGUUUAGGAAAAGCUUCGGUCACAGUUUGAACAUUUUUCAACAUUAGACAAACCACACACUGGUGGAGAGGUCUUUCAUUUAGUAAAAAAGGCAGAAAGUUCAUCAUCAUCAUUUAGUAGCAGAAUUUAUAGUGAUGUCAAAGAUAGAAUAGCUCUUCAGUAGUUUGGGCCCAGUGCCUUGACACCCAGGUUGAUUAGCUUGAUUGUCUUUGGUGAUAUCUAAUGGAGUAGAGCUCCCAACAGCCUAAUACUAUCUUAGAAAUUAAAAUAGCAUUAGAGCAAUUUAUUUGUCAUGGCUUGAGGCACUAAACUUUGUCUUUUGGGUGAGUAACUAUAGUUUUAAGAGAGGCUGCUACUCCUAAUUCCUCUGCUUCCCAUGGCCUGUGAUCCCCUUCUCUCAUUUAUUCCCCUCAAGGUGCCCUUGUACUGCUAAUCUGAUCCAAGAAGCUGCUGCAGCAUCUAAAACAGCCUCUUUGUGAGAUUUAUAUUUAUAUUUAGCUUUCUAAGAUCCUAGUUCUAGGGAAAUUUUACAGACACUUAAUGUGUUUCUUUUUUUUAUUCUAAUGUUCCUUCUAGUUGAUGAAAAUCUAUAUUCCCAUGCAAACUCAAAAUGCUAUAUUUUUAACAGCACUCCAGCAUUUUUCUUCAUUUAUCACCUUUACUGACUCCACUAAAUCACUGAGCAUCUGUACGUAUCCUUCACCACCCCCAGUCCCAGUACCUGUGUCAGCAAAGGAAGUGGACGCAUUAGAUGGUUGUGAGAGUGAUGCAGAGAAAGAGGUGAGUGGAGGCUCAGCCUGGCUUUUCUUGAGCUUGGAUAGUUACACCUUGGUGACUUCUGAUUCUCCUUCCACCUCCCCACUCUACCCUGAUACAAAAAGUAUUUGCACUCUCUUAGUUAUGACAUCACAUAGGAUAAAGAGGAGACAGCUGAUGCUUGAAGAAAGAAUCCUUAAAAAGAAUAGGCAUCAUCCCUUCUGGCCCAUUACAGUGCCACUCUCUUAGGUUCCUAUUAAUCUUCACCAACUCCCUGAAUAGAUUGUCUGUCAUUCUUAUCAUUACUCUGGACCUACCUCCUUAUACAACCUCGGCACCUCAUUUAUCAUUUCUCAUCUGUUAAUUCCCAUUUGUUUGUAUAACUUAUAUAUCCACAAUGGUAAUUUGUUAAAUACCGUACCUCACAAUUCCUCGUUCUUCUGAGUUCUGAUGUUGUCCAUCAGUAAUCGUGUCUGUAAUCUACCAAUAAAGACACUAUUAAAUUUAUCAUCACCAGGCAUUGUAUUUCAUCUUUCAGGCUUUUGGUAAACCAAGGGAUACUGUGUAAAGUAAAGAGACUGGUACAAAGUAACGUGCCAAAUUUGAUGCAUUCUACAUAGGAUGUCCUUUAAACUAGGUAGUUUACUUAUUCUAAGUACUAUAUUCCAAGAGUUCUCUUCCUCUAAAUAUUUGGAACAUUCUUAGAAUUCCCAUUUAAUAAACUAUACAAGAAAACCCUCUAUUAGUCUUAGUCUUUUAUUUCUUUUAUUCACCAGGCUUUGAAUUGAAUAACUUGCUUUUCAAAAUUAACCUUCAAACUUGAAAUUAUUAAUUACAUUAAGUCUAUUCAGAAGACAGUUAUAUGGGUUCUGAUGAAAACUCCAAGAGAAAUAAUGCAGUUUCACACUGUAACAAUCCUGAAAAAGGAUAAUAAUCGUGUUGGUUUAUGAUUGAUAUGUUAAAAAGCCAAUCAUAAAACCUUACCUCAAAGAUGCACACCUUUGGAACAAUCAGAAAUUUCUUCUCUAUAACAUUCCUCUCUACCUCCCUAUAGCCCACCUUGAGUAUCUACAACAUGAAGAUUAUUAUCUGCAUUUAUUUCAUUAAACCAUCAGUACCUUCGUAUCACCAGUCAUCCUAGUUUGUUUGGUUAACUUCUUCAGAACAGUUCAUUUUGUUAUCCUUUCUUUUCUUCUCUUUUGGUACUAGAGACUGAACCCAAGGGCACUAAGCCUCAUCCCCAGCCUUUUUUAAUAUUUUAUUUAGAGACAGGGUUUCGCUGAGUUACUUAGGGCCUUGCUAAGUUGCUGAGACUGGCUUUGAACUCCUGAUCUCCUGCCUCAGCCUUGUGAGCUACUGGGAUUACAGGUGCACCACCAUGCCCAGUUCUUCUUAUUCUAUUUUCUUAUUCUCUUUUUCUUUCCUUUUUUUUUUUUUUUAACUUAUAGAUGACCAUUCCUAAUUCCUGUACUUUAAAUUUCAACAAACCAGAAACAAGUCUGAUUGUGUCUAGAUCCUUGCUUUCUGUUUCAGUUGUGCCUUACCCUUUGUAAGAUACUAAUUCUGCAUGGCAUCAGUGCUACCUUGUGUGCAUAGGAUGGGUAUGUUAGAAGGAAAAUACACAUUUGUGCACACAUACGUAUGUACCCAUACACUCCUCUUACAUAUUUUAGGAAAACACUUGCCUUCAAUUCUAAAACAAAGCUCUUUUAACCGAGCAACAUAAUAAAAUGUUUAUAAGUAUACUAGCCAAUGUUUCUUUAGAUAUCAGUACCCAGAGUAGUGUGUAGCCAGAUUACUUAAACCUCAGAAUUACUGAGCAUCUGGCAGAAAUUCAGAGAAAAAAAAAAUAGUACAACUAGGAAUGUUAGUGUUAAACUGGGGUGAAUUUGAGAAAAGAUUGUCACUUGAAAGAAUUACCAAAGCCGAUUAAUCCGGGUGUGCUGGUGCAUGCCUGUAAUCCCACUGAGGCAGGAGAAUCACAGAUUCAAAGCCAGCCUCAGCAACUUAGACCCUGUUUUCAAAAAAAUGAAAAGCACUAGGGGUAUGGCUCAGUGGAAAAGCACCCUGGGUUCACUUCUCAGUAUGGCCUCCCAAAAAAUGCUGAUUCGGCAUAUUAUAUAGAAAUAGCCAAGUGAUUUAAGAUUAGAUUCUUUGAAGAUAUAAGUAAAAGUCAUUCUUUGUCUCAAGUUCUCUUACCACUCAAAUAUUUAAAAAAAAAAAAAUUUUAGUUGUAGAUGAACACAAUACCUUUAUUUUUAUGUGGUGCUGAGGAUUAAACCCAGUGCCUUCCACAUGUGAGGUGAGCACUCAAACCACUGAGCUACAACAUCAUUUUGAACUUUUAACUCUGAAUUACGUAUAUUAUGCUCCUUUAUCUGCAGAUUCUGUUUUUAUGCUCUUAAUCUGAAAUGAACUAUUCAUCAGUGCUUUCUUUCAUCCUCAGUUUCUAGUUUUAGGAACUGGCAUGAUAAGGUGGUUCUUCCAUAACUCUUUUGCCAUCCAACGUAGUCCAAGGAGAGGUAUCUUAGGUUUCAAAGACUUUCCCCAUGAGGCAAGGUAGCAGUGCUAGAAUAGUUGAUUCACUUACGAAGCUGCUUAGCUUUACUCUUGGUUCUAAGUCUCCAUAUAAUAGCUGGCAUUUAUUGAGUACUUACUUUGUGCCCAACCCUAUGUUAAGCAUUUCUCCUGCUUAUGAUAGUUAUUGUUAUAUGCUCCAUUUUAUAGAUAAUUAAUGGAGGAAGAGAAAGCUGAACAUUAAAAGACAUGUAUCCCUGGUAAUAAAAGGUACUGAGUAAAUGCCAGCAUAGGUACUGGUAUAGUACAAAUUCAUUAUAAUAACUAGAAAAUUGGUUGAAAAAUACCAUUUUGGUUUAUACUUUCUUUAAAUGUUGGUUCUCUUGAUGCUUUUUAGUUCUUGAAAGCUAAAUUAUAUAAAUAAAAUCUUUAAAAGAGUAACUGGGAAAAUAAAGCAAUAAUAACUUAGAUUCAAACACAUUUCUUCAAAUUGCCUAAGGGAAAGUAGAAUUAUGGAGGGAAAUGAAACCUUCAGUGUCCCAGGCUGGGGAGAUAGAUUGCUAGGAUGACAAUAGUAAGUUUAUCAAAAGCAUGAAAUGUAAAGAACCUUCAACUUCUUUGCCCAUUUCCAGCAACCAUUUUGUUUCUCUUCUCAACCCUGGUUUUCCAGAUAUCAUUCAUUUUUUAACCCAUUUUCUCCUUGAUUUAUUAGUAAAAUUUCUCCUUAUUAGCUUUAAUACUCACCAUAUUGAAAUGUCCUUAGACUCUCCAGUGGAUAAAUAGAAAGGCUUUUUUUAACUUUUUUUUCUUCUUAUAGUUCUUGUCCUUUUUAGUCUCCUUUAUCUUUGAUAUUAUUGAAUCUCUCCUGCACCUCAGGGAUACUCUUCUCCUUUGGUUUGUGGGAUCCUUUUAGAUUGUUUUUAUUCAAUAUCUGGCUUUUCUUUGUUAGUCUCUUCAUUUUUCCUCCGUUCUACUGAAAAUAAUGUCUUACUGCUUUUUCUAUAUCCCUAUUUUUCUCUCUUGUUUUCUUUGUAUAUUUGAGUGGCUUCCUGUUUUCCACCCUGUGUGCCAUCUCACAAUUUUUGGAAUUUUCCAGUUACCUGUACAACUUGAUAUUUGAAAACAAAACUCAUCACUCUUCUGAACCAGUCUCCAUUUUCUUUUCAAAUGGGUAUCAUUGCUUAACUGCUUUGCCCUGAAGAGACUCAUUACCUUUCCUAUUUUUUAUCCCAACGUUGGAAUUACCUUUUCAUCAUUUUUUGCUCUCCAAUCUCCUUAUCCAAAGUCUUGCUGUUGACUCAAUUUUUAGUUGAUGUUCUCUUUGAAUCAUGAUCUUUUACAUUUCUGCCAUCCCUUUAUGGCUUUCCAUGAAGAUCCACAUAAUGUAAGGCCCAAGUACUGUAAUUCUUUCUUUUCAAUUUCCUGGUCCUCAAAAUUCCCAUCUUGUAUAAAUCUUCUAAAAUGAUCUUCCAAACUCCAUUUUCAUAAUGAUUUAUUGUUUAUUCAGUACCCAGCAGGUAAUUCUUGUCAGAACAGUGAUGUUCCAUUACACCAUAAUGGUAUAGAAUGGUUCUAGAACACCAUAAUGGUGUUCUCCAUUACCUUGCCCUCCAUAUUUAAAUGCCUUCAGUCUUCAUUAUUCCCUAGCAUGUUCAUCUUGAUUCACCACAUUUAAACUUCCUGUAGCCUUCUACUGUUGUCUUAAAACCCUUGCCUUUGUGCCUUUCUCAUGCUGUUCUUUUUGCUUACAUUAAUCUUUGGCCCCUGCUCAUGUUCAUCAGUCCCUUCAAAGGCUUCCUUUGUAUCGUCUGAAUGAGCUCUUCCUAAUUUGACUUCACUUCACACUGAGACCUCCCUUAUUCUGUGCUGCCUCAGCAUUUAUGUUCUGAGUUUGUACUGUGAUCCAUGCACUUACUAAUAUAUUGCUCUGUAAUUAUUUUCUAGCAUACUGUAUUGUAAUUUCACACUUGUAUUUAUUUUCAAAAUUACAUUGUAAGCUCCUUGAGGGCAGGAAUCAGUGACUUUCAUGUUUGUAUUGCUGCACCCCCUAGUGCCUAGUACAGUGCUGAGCACGUAGGCGUUUAAUAAAUGCUUGUUGAAUUAC